CCUCGAUAUUCGCGGAGUCGAGGACAUCGGCGGAGACUUACAGUGAAAACGACCAUGACGUUUACCCAUGUCAGUGAAAUCCCGAAUACAACGGCGAGCUUUAGAGAUUCAGCGCUGUUCAAAUUCCAAUGUUCUGCAAGCCCUACGAUUACCACCAUUAACGUCUAUCGAUACAAGUUCCAAUACCGAGUUGGAAGUCCAGCUAUUUUCAGUGAGCGAAAGACACCAGAAGGGAAAACAUAGCUAGUAGGCAUGAAGUAGCCGUUUAUGCCGUUUAAAAAUGACAGCGACAAGCGCCGUCUAUCACGACACAAAUGCACGGAGGCGAACAUUGUGAAAGCACACACUUGCGUCGUCCGUUCAUAGCGCAUUUUCAUGUCGUGUUCAUCGCAAUCGGGUCUCUUAAUCCACCGCGACAGUACAAUUCUUGCCG